AUGAAUCCCGGCGACUACGAUUUGAGUACAUCGGAUGGUUGCAGAUGGGCCUUGACUCGAGCCUUGUUCGAUGCCGUUAAUGAAGCCACGGCGGAGUGCUUGUCACAAAUGCAGCGGGAGGCGGAGGCGGCGGCGGUGGCGCGGGUUUCUCGGCCGAUACGACGUCGGACGUAUGUCCCACACGAGCACGACGUAGCUCACGAACGUCUGUUCGCAGAUUAUUUUGCCGAGCAACCACGGUGGGGCCCGAAUGUUUUCCAUCGCCGUUUUAGAAUGAGCCGAGAUCUUUUUCUCCGCAUUGUACACACGUUGGAGAGACGUGAUGAAUACUUCCAGUAUCGGGAAGACGGCAUCGGCAGACCCGGAUUUACGCUGUUGCAGAAGUGCACGGUUGCGAUCCGGCAGUUGGCCUAUGGCACCACAACGGAUAUGUUCGACGAGUACCUUCACGUCGGCGAAUGUCCCAAGAAAUUUUGUAAGAUAGUUGUGGAGGCUUUUGGCGACACAUAUUUGCGACGCCCGACUUCUGAUGAUUGCCAGAGGCUGAUGAGGAUGCACGAGUGA